CUCUCUCUCUCUCUCUCUCUCCUCCUCCUCCUCUCUCCUUCCCUGUCUGCUUGGUCCCCUCCCUCCUUGUCUGACUUGCUAUCCCUUUCAUAUGCACACAUUCAAAUCAAACAAGCAGGAGACAAGGAAAGGGCUCUUUAACUCCUUGCUGAUUUUCCUAGCAAAUGAAGUACCAAUACUUUUACUUAGUGUUUUGAGAUAACAUCAAGACCUGGGCCGAUUUUGUGCUGGACAGGAUGCUUUCAUGGAGCCUUUCAGCAGCAAAUAUUACCACUCUUUUUGUAAUGUAUACCUUUUCUUGCUAGGUACUUCCACUGCUCUGAAUUUGAAGGUACCAUCUGAGUUGAUUCAUGGUGUCAAAGGAAGGCCCCUUAUUAUACCUGUGGAAUACAGUUUCAAUACCACUGUCUGUGAAAUUCAGAUUACUUGGUUAUUAAAUAAACCAGACUCUAAAUCAACUCUUCUAGUCACUGCCAAAAACAGGUCUGUUAUUCCUGAUCUGGAAUACCAGCAUAAAGUUUCACUGUCACCUCUGAAUGCAUCUCUGCUCAUUAAGGAACUACAUACUGGUGACGAAGGGGAGUACACAGUUAAAGUUACCAUUCAGGGCAAGCACACCGAGUCACAGAGCCACAAAAUUCAGGUCACUGUAGAUGUUCCUGUCACAAAGCCCCUUGUUCACAUGGAACCACAUCUAGGAGCUGUGGAGUACAUCGGUAACCUGACACUCAGGUGUUCUGUACGGAAUGGCACAAGAAUCAGCUACCAUUGGUUGAAAAGUGGAGUCAACAUUGAAGCCGGCUCACGAUACAGCUUUUCUCUAAACAAACAGAUGUUUUUCAUUUCUCCUGUAACAAAAGAAGACAUUGCUAAUUACAGCUGCGUGGUUAAGAAUUUUGUAAGCCAGCAGGAAAGUGAGCCUAUUACACCAAACAUUUAUUAUGGACCUUAUGACCUAACUGUUAAUUCAGAUAAAGGACAGAAAGGAGAAGUAUUUACUGUCGAUAUAGGGGAGGUAAUUCUGCUUUUUUGUUCAGCAGACUCAAAUCCACCAAACAAUUAUUCUUGGUUUCAGAGAUUCAAUAAUGAGACAGUGGUCAUCACAAGAGGACCUCAUUUUGAAAUUAAGGCUGAAAACACAGCCCAAAGGACAGCAAAGUAUGUAUGCUGUGCUUACAAUAAUAUCACAGGGAAAAAGGAUGAAACUCAAUUCACCCUCGUAAUUACAGCCAGUGGUCAGGAGAAACUGUCUCAGAAGGGAAGCUCUUUACCAUCAUUAGCUGUUAUAACAGCAAUGUCUUUAUUUGUGAUUGUUUCUAUGGUUAUCAUAUUUUUAUGGAAGCGUUGUCAUCCACAUAAAGUAAUAAAACAGAAGCUGUACAGUGGAACACAGUCAGACUAUGUGAGAACACAGACCUUUUCAGGUCAUGAAGAUGCAAUGGAUGAUUUUGGAAUAUAUGAGUUUGUUGCCUUACCAGGUGGCUCUGAGCCUUCAAAGGUAUCAAGUAAUAAAACUGUUUCCAGCUCCAGCUCUGCACAGUGUCAAGAUACACACACAACAAUCUAUGAAGUCAUUUCACAUGUGCCAGAUCCAUUAUGAUGGUGGAUAAGAUACAAUGAAAAGACAAAAAAGACUGAAAACGUAUGGUGGCUAUGAAUAUCCUUCAUCCCAGGAUUAAUAAAGACACAGUAAAGCAUCCGGGCAAACCAGCUAAUUUGAAUGUUUUUUUUUACUGUUCCUAACUGCUGAGGAGACCAUCUUUGAAAUUUCAAAGCACCUGGUAUGAUAAAACCAACAUAAAAGCAGCAAAACCAUAUCAGUGUGGCAGUGUUUCAGACCACAGUUUAAUAUCCUGCCUUCCCUGGGAUAACUGCUGUAGCUUUGUUACAUUUCAUUCUAUCACAUUGGUGAAAAGGACUGUGUUAAGCACUAACUUUAUUCAUUAAGUAUUAAAAAACAGAAGGCAAUAUACAACUUUUGUAGACUCUGUACUUCAUGAAAAUAAUGAUAUUCAAGAAUUUAACAUUAUCUCCAAAGACUCAUUUUAGAUAUUCCAGAAAAAUUAUUUUUAUUGUUUAAAAAUGUUUGUUCUGUGUGACAUAAUCAAACAAAUUCUAAACAAAUGGUUGAGUUCCAAGAAAUAUAAAACAAAGGACUGCAAUGCAACAAGAUAUCAUAGUCAUUUAGGUUUAAGCUGUAAAUAAGAUCUGUAAAAUUAUUAUUAAUAUGUUUAUCAUUUGGAUAGGAGUACAUGCUAGAAAAGGUACUUAAUUUUAAUUCUUCUUCAUAUUUUUAUUCAUGUUAAUAUGUCUUAACUCCAAGCCAAUGAAGCAGAUGCAAAUGUUUACAAAUGUAGCAAAUGAAAUACUAUGACAAAAUACAUGCAAACUUUUUUUUUCUUGCAAUAUAAAUUAAGUGCUUACAUUUU